AACAGCAAACUCAAAGAACAUUCAAUACAAACUCAGUGAUGUUUGCUAACAUUGAUUGACUUGGUAGAAAUAUUUGUCGGUAGCUUAGGAAACCGUUAUCGAAAUGUCAUUUAAUAAUGGGCUGUAAUGCUUCGACUGAGAAGAAUUCUUUAACAAAACCAAAUGAAAGUACACAAAAAACAAUACGUGUCUCUGAAGAAACAGUCUUGGAAAACGAUGUAGAGAAAUUUGUAACAUUGAAUGAAGCAAAUCAAGUACCUAACGAUGCAAAUAAGAGCACCGAUGGACAAUUAGUUUCACCAAAGGUAUCUUUAGAGAUUUUACAUCCGACACCACCUGUGAGCAAACAGAAAAAAAAGAAAUCCAACAGAAAGAAGUUGAAGCAAGUAACGGCAUGGAGUAGAAAAAGUACAAUUGUCGAAACAGAUUUUCUAAAAGAUUUGAGAUCACAAAGAGGGCAAAAUAACCCAUUUUAUGAACAGGAAUACGAAAAAAAUGAAGUAGAUGAGAGCGCAAGACUUGAGGGAGACGACGAUAGCGGCAUGGCUAUUGAUGAUGAAGAAUCUUUUGGUGACGUACUUAUCGAUGAUUUGUCGAAUGAAAUAUUUAGUGAUCGCAAGAAUGGAGGAGCUGAUGAAGAAUGUUUUGAUGUGACAAAGAUAAUUGACGUUGAGAAAUUCCGAGCCGCGAAUAAUGCUUACAUAGAAAAAAAUGAUGCAGAAAAAGUUAAUAAAGUCGAUUUGAAUUUUAAAACAAGCUUCACAAGAACUCGAAGACAAACCAGAUUUCAUGUUAAGACAUCGCCAGAGAAUGAAGACUUAUAUAAUGAUGAUGAUAAAAACUUAAUAAUGAGCAUCGAGAAGGAAUAUUUGACCAAUGAAGACAAUAUUUUACCAGGACAAAUCAUCGACUGA